AUGUCUUUGCGAAACAACCACGAGCCUAGCUCGCUGGCCUCUGGGGACCCGGAAGAUCCGUCCACCGACCAUUUCACGAGGCGCGACGCACGACAGAGCCUGCAGGAGGGAGCAUUCGUGACGCUGGAUGCCAGAAUGCGGGAGAAUGAGAAACAACUCCGAGCAAUCUCUGCAGUUCUUGAUGCAUUCCGUGGCACACUUGAGGACAUCAACGCGUCGGUUAAGGAACUUCAAUUUCAGAACACUACGUCUCAUGCCGGAAACUCCACCAAUGUCGACUUUGUCGCCAGCCUGCACGCCAUGGUCGGGGCUCUGAAAACCGCGCAGUCCAAUGCGCAAGAGCUGGCAGAGCUUCGUGCCGAGAAUACCACGCUGAAGGCGAAGUGGGAUAUUGUCCAGUCAGCCAUUACGACUGCAGCGGGAAGCGAAGUACCGAGCAUUUCUUCGACGGCAUUGCAUGCGAAUAGUCUGGGAAAGCGCAAGCGCAACAGCAACGUCAGCAAACCUGCCUCUACUGGUCCCUCAAACCCUAUAUCACAACCAAAGCCCUUUUGGCUGAGGAAUUCGUCGUCCUCUGUGCAGGUCCCGACUCCACAAUCCAGCACGCACUCAGACCUCCAGUCGCAGGACACCUCCAAUAGUUCACGUAACGCCACCCCUGACGAUGCACACGACGGCUCUCCGCAGAACAGCAAGAAGCCCAAGGCAUCGACAGCGCCACACUCACAUCAACCCGAACAGAAGCAGCAGGUUGCAGUGUCUAGUCAGCUUUCGACGGGUCUCAGUCCCGCUGAGCGUUUUGCGCUGGGGGAUGCCUCCUUCGAUGAUUCGCUCGCCGGCGCAGGUGCUUCGGAUGCGGAAGAACAGCAGCGCAAUUCAAGUUCAGUCCCCACGAUGGAUUCAUCACAGUCACCAUCAGCGGAAGAUGAGCAACCUUCAACCCUUGCAGGGGAUGGAAUGCAGACUGCCGAGAACGACACUACGGUUCCAGAAGAUGGCGUGCAGCUGGGCGGCAUUGGUGAUGAGCCACCAGUGGACGUCAACACGAUCGAGACGACGGCCAACCGCUUCUCCAUGGGGGACAGCGUUGAGUUUAGUGGUGACGAGGAGGGUCCUGGGCUAGAGCAGGAUGAGGGCCCAACCUCAUCAGAAGCUCGUCAGAGCUCUCCAGUGAAUGUGGAUCAAGCCAAACAGGUGCAGGCACGCGACACCUCUACUCCAGAUGACGCUUCGGUCCAGUCGGCGCCAGCCAAACGAACCCGGAGCAAGACCCAGGCUGUGUCCACUGCUUCGACGCGAAGAAAGACAAUCGAAUUUGCCAUCGUCUCGGUCAAGGAUAGACGAAGCGUUGCGCCCGAGCCACCACCGUCACGGAGGAUCCUGCCCCGCCGAAUAAGUUCGGAUCAAACGGGACGAUUUGAGAACUCGACGCCAGAAACGGUCGAGGCUGAACUAAUAGAGUUAGAGAAGCCCAAAGGACCACGACAGUACAAGACUUAUGUCCAGACAGGCACGAAGCUUCUCAACAUUGAGUUAAAAGAGCUCGGACUGGAGGAAUGGAUCGACAAGGACAAGAGUGGGCCUGAAUACAAGCGGCUUGUCGAGGAGGCCAGAGAACGCAAGCGAGAACAGACCAAAUUGGCCGCACUCGCCAGUCGGGGCGUGUCUGUUCCAGGAGCGGAUAUGGAUGAGGCACUGCGACUAUCGACGCCUUCCCUGGAAGAGGCCUUGCAACAAGCCCAGGCUCUGGCCGAUGCGACCAACGGGCGAAUUACCGCCGCCAGCAAUGGCCCAGCAAAGACAACAGAACCAGCCCGACAAGCGGCUAGUGCUGGUCCUAUCAGCAAGCGCAGAAAGUCCAAAGCCGACCGUCAGGAAGAGAUUCGCAAACGAGAUGAGCUGGCGAAGGCAGCCAUGGAGAUGGAAGACUAG